AUGACUCCCACUGCCGAGGGUGAGGAGGGCGGUGCCGGUAUGUCCCAUGAAGAACAGAAGGAGGAGGACGACGAGGAGCAUGUCAAAAACCGCAGCAAAGUCUCAGCGGUCUCAUUUAAGCCACCGUCGCCGGAGCGGGAAAGAACUCUCCUCGGCGAGCUUCUCUUCCUGAAGCUUCAGAUGCUCUUGGGCAAGGAGAGCCCUGUGGAGAUGAGCUCCAAGGUGGUGGGCAUGCUCUUGCAACUGCCGCUGCCAGAGCUUCGGCAGUUGGUUGGCUCGUCCUCACUGCUGCGGCAGAGACUUGCCGAAGCACUGAAGCUUCUGGGCAUUCAGCAAGCCGGGACGGCAUCGACCUCCAGCGAGGCUGCUCUUGAGAUGCGCCCGCCGGUGGCUCGCCAAGCCGAGUUGCUGUUUCUGGCACUGAGCUGCCUCCUUGGCGAUCGAGACCUUGCGCUCUCCCUCACGAGCUCCUUGCAGCGACGCCUCACGGAGGCGGAGUUGGUGGGCUGUUUGGUAGAAGAGAAAAAGCUCCGCACCUCCAUCAAAGCUCUCUCCAAGACGUUGGAGAAGGAGCUGAAAGACGAAAAGGGUGCCGAGCCCAAGAGUCGGGCGCGGUCAAGGAGACGAAGCCAGCGAAAGAAGGCGCCACUUCCAUCGCAAGCUCAGCAAGCUCAGCCACCGCCACAGCCAGGUACCGCGAAGCGGAACGUGGCAGGGCCCAGUCCCGCAGCAGAACGUGGCCCUGCUCCUGCAGGCGGGAAUGCUGGGAGGCCAGCGUUUCAGCCCCGCCCGGCCGGAUCCGUGGCCAACCUGCAGGUGCCUCGAACGAAGCCCGAUUCUGCCCAGGCGGCCUCCACGACCUCGGCAGCAGCUGCAGCCACCUCGGCCGCCGCUGCCACGCCUUGCAGAGCGUCCGUGGCUGCCGCUGAGCCGGCAGUGGCUAAAGAUGAGGCAGCCGUGGCCGCGGCGCCGGAGGUGAAGCAGGAUUCGAGACCGACUUGGCCGAUUCAUGUGGGUACCGCCCCAUCUGCAUCUACAUCUUCGGGCAAGGCCAUUCAGCGAAGCCAGUCGCAGGCACCACAGGCAUCCGUGCCGACGCCUGUGGCAGAGGCCUCCCGUGCAGCUCGUGCUGCCAGCGCCGAGCCGGACCCGAAGCGGCAUCAGGUUCAGGAUUCUGGACAGUCUCGACGCCCGCAGCGCACGAAGCGCAAAGGCCACGUGUGGUCGCCGGUGACGGACGCCUUCGAGGUCGCACGGGCGAAUCUGGCAGAGAACGAAGAAACGAAGGCCAAGGCCUCGACGUCCAAGCCCUCUGCCAAGGCUGCCAAGGCACCUGCACCGCAACCCGACCGUCUGGCUCAGCAGGAGAUUCGUCAACAGCUGCAAGCUCUUGCCGAAUCCAAACUGCGAGCGGUGGAGAACGAGGAUUUCGAACUGGCUCAACAGCUGAAGCAGCAGGAGCAGGAGCUGCAGCAGCUUUGUGGGCCCACGAAGUCCUGGGCUUCCAUCGCCACGCCAGCAGUGCCACCAACCCGAAGCGUGAAGCCAGGCAUGGGAAUUCCUCCGAAUGCGAAUCGAAGCCUCUCGCCAGCGCGGACGGCUGCGCACAAGACCGGGAAGCUGGUUUUUGUGCUGACAGCGCCAGGGGAGCUCACUGUCGAGUCCUUCAAAGCAACCUCAACCCACGUGUCGCGACGAGAUGCCUUGGCGCGCAUUGCCACGGCAGCCUUGUGGAGAGGUCGAUCUCUUUCCUGGGACGAUGUUCAUGAGAUUGUGUUCAUCUUCGAGGAUUACCACGCGCUUCACAUAACACCGCGAUUUGUGGCGAGCUGCCCAGUGCCUUCAGAGUACCAUCUGAUAAUGGUUCUGGCACGAGCACUGGAGGGAACUGGAAUGCCAGGACUUGAGAUUACGGCGCCGGAUAAGGAAAGAUUCCUUGGAGGUCACAUCGAAGAUAUGGUUUCCAAGUAUGGCCGAUCUGGACCGUCCGCGGUAGUCUUGCUGCACGAGACUUUCCCACAAAGUCUGGGCCUCUACGACCGAAGUGCAGGAUCUCGGGGCGACUCCCUGAGAAAUCUGGUCUUCUUCCUGGGAGCGGUGAAGGACAUGACGCCCGAAGAGAGGGGUGCUGUGCAUCGAGCCUGCCGCCAUCACUCAGUUCCCUGCGUGGAGGCAAACCUCGGCCAACAGGCUGAGUUCACCUCGAAGAUCAUCGAUGUACUGCACGGGCACCAUUUGUACGGCCGCCUGGCCCCAGCCGUGUGGCGAUGCACGCGUCGUCCACAGAAGGCGGAGCAGCAGGCAGAGGCAACUCGUCCGGCUCCACCAAGUGGGCUGCUCUGGGUUUUCGUCCCGAUGGGCGGAUCGCCUCGUGAUCCUGUGGCUGAUGACAAGAAGAGGGACGGGCAGUACGAGAUUCCGCGCUGCUGCAUCUCCCAGCUCUGGUGCUCGAAAAGUGAGCAUCGAAGCCAUGCCUUGUCCUUCGUCUACCCGAACGGAGAGGUGUUGACGGUGAACCCGUCCUUGGUGACGUGCCUCAAACUGCAGCACCGUGCAGCGCCGACAGAGCGGAAUCUGGUGAAUGCCCUCCGUGUCGCCACAGGCGACUGGAAGGCCGAUCCGAACUUGACGGUGGAUGAGGGUUGUGUUGUCCUCGGCAAAGCCUCGGACAUAAUGGCGCAGCGAGGAGGAGGCGCUCUCCUGCCGCAGCGCACAGCACUGGUGGAUUUGGAGCUCGACGGGAGCCCUGCUGCCGCUGCCCAGGGUCCCGGCCGAUUGGACGUGUAUGCGUCAGUCGAGCAGGAGACGCAAAAGCCUGUGCGAGACGUGGUCGUGCUGCUUCAUGGCGAGCGCGACUUUCCCCGCGGCUUCCGCGAGUCACUGGCCCAAGGUCUCCUGAGCUUCAAGAGCUUUUCGACGUCGCCCUGGCAGCGCCUUUUGAUGCCACGUCUGAGCAUCCAUGCUGCCAUUUCCCUUUUGGGACAUUACUGGGACACUCGAGUGUUGUCCUUGUCAGUGUCUUCGACUUCCGUCGCAGGUUGCGAGCGGUCUCCGGGCCCCCACAAGGAGGCAUCCAAGCCGGUUGCAACACCGAAGAUCCUCCAGAGGAAGGCGGCGGAUACAUCUCCAGUUCGGUCUCCGGGCAACGCUGCUCGGGUUGCCUGGGAGGAGCUGAUCAGCAGUGAAGAGGAGGAUGGCGACGGUGAGCCGUGGUCCAGUGCGUCGAAAAGAGAUAUGUAUGGUCUUCGCCUCAUCAACAACUUCUACGCGGACUUCGCAGGCACCCGCUCCGACUUCGUCAUUGUCGGGCACCCCGAGUACAACCUCGGAAAGGCCCAGUCCGAUUAUGGCUACAAGGAAGGAUGGGACAAUCGGCCAAUUCCGUCGAAGCCUGGGAGGAGCUUGCCUGGCGACAGAAUCCAGCGAAAGGGCAAAGCAGCUUACCUGGAAGCCUUGGCGAAGCCGGCUUGCAAGGCAUCUUACAAGGAGCGGGCGCUGGCCAAAAGCCAGUCCGACACGCAGGUGAGAGCUCGGGCCGGCGGGGGAAGAGAUGCAGGUAGCACCAUUGACACGUUCUUGGAGGAGCUGCAGGCCAUGGAGAAGUUGCCGCCGUGUUCCCCGAAUCGGCUGACCUCGGGGUGGGCAAACGACAUCAGAUCUCAACCAGUCAUGAAGCAUUACUCUGCGGUUCAGGAAGACCUCGAAGUUCUUCGCAGGCGACUACAUCGCACUCCCAGUGCGGUGAAGGCAGAGCUGCAGCAGGAUGAUGCUUGGCGUUAUUAUGACCUCUACUUUCAGCAGGCCAAGAAGAACGGAGAACAAAUCAGGCAGACCAAGCUGAAGGCUAACAAGAUGAUGGAGAAGGCCAUGCGCGGGACGGAUUGA